GAAACAGAUUAUCAAGUACAAGUUUCCGAACUACACCUGUCGCACCUUCGGCUUGCGCACCCUCCUCGGAGACAAGGUCGCGCUGAACUCGCCGAAAGCGCUGCAGGCCUACAAGGAUUACGUCCAGCACUGGUGCUACUCCCGGAAGGGCCGGGAGUUUUGGCUGCAAUUUCUCUGCGAGUGCGGGCUGCGGAGCAAAGAGGUGAUGCGGAAGCUGGAGACCAUGGAAGGCCGCUCCGAGGAUGAACCACUGCUGGAAUUAGCCUCGAGUGGUGCAGAGGAGGCAGUGUCUGUGGACGCCACAGCACGGUGGAUGAUGAAAAAAGUGAAGGAAGGACAAGAAAAAAUAAAUCAAGUAAGCGGGGAAAAAGAACCAGAACACGAGAGGAUGAAAAGUGAAAUUGGGUUCCACAUUCGUCUGGCGGACUACACGAGGGACUUGCUCUUGAAAACCGGGAAAAUGGCGUACAAGGAAGAUGGAAUGCUAGCUGCUUGUUCUACGGACCUCACAAAUAACCCCGACUCCCCGUCGGCGUUGCGUAAUUUCGGCCUUGGUGGGGGAGUAGAACAAAUCGAUGCAGUAGACGCGUUUUCCAAGCAAGCGAGGUACACCACAACUGUGAUCUGCGUUUUCGCGCCCAUUGGCUACGGGAAAAGCUCCUUUGCAGAAUUUUUGGUGAAGGAGAUGAACGUAUCAAACAAAAGGAAACCCCCCCCUCCCCAUAUAAAAACGAAGUUUCUGAUGCUGGAUUUGCGUACUUACACAAAAAAUCAGAUUUGUUUUGCUGGACAAGACUGCAGGCCUAUGCUAAGCCUGAGUAGGGAGGUUUUGGGCUAGGCGCUGAGCAUGUCUUCAAACGUCUAGUCUGUAGGGCCAACAGCAUCACAAACCGCCGGCAGAAUGCGGCGGAGCCUCUGGAUUUGCGUUCUUGCAAGACAGAAGCUAUGAUUUGUGGUCACAAAUCAGCAUUGCAAAUUUUCUGCAACGUACCUUUUCGAUAUGGGGAGGCGGGAUUUUUCCUUUCGAUAGAACGACCGCCGGAGGUCCGAGGUUGAUGCGGGCCGCGGGCUGCACCUACAACACCCCGAACUGGUCCACAUCGACGGCGACGCGCUGUUUUAUCCGGAUCAUGCCGUUGUAAAUUCUGUUUCUGGUAAGCCCCCGACGUCCAACAGUGCAGCGUCUUCUUCGGGAAAAAAUGCAGCUUCAUCUGCAACGACCGGAUCUACAACUUCUAGGAGUACUUCUUCACUCACCUCCGCCAACGUGAAGCAAACCUGGGAAAAUAUCCGGAGUAAAAACGUCCCCACACCAGAGUCAGGAUGGGGAUUUUGCAACACAAACCUAGGAGUUUUGGGAGUCACGCAUGACAAGUUGCACUCCGCAGUGUAGUGCAGGUUUGCAAGUGCAGCCGCAUCACAGAUUCAUCUGCUCAUCCUGUUCACAGCAUCACAAAUUCCAAUACACGAUUGGAAAUGGCUCUCAUGGGGAUGCGCAUUACAAGUCUUCCUGUCUUUGCAAAUCUGCACUACAACUCUGGUGUGGGGACGUUUUUACAUAGGAUAGAAAAGCGCACCAUGUCGCUGGGACAGGAACGGUAUGGAUUGCAAAUAUGUCUGGGUCUGGAAGAGUCGGGACUUGUCAUGACCCGUGAGGUCUGUGAUACUGGUGCUAGCAUCACAGAUUUUUUGAGAGCUUCUUGAUGCUAAUUACGCAUGAAAACAGCGGAACUGUGGAGGGGUACAAGGCUGCACACUGAGUGGUGGGGUUAAACUGGACUAGAACCGUAAAACUCUCAUUCAUCAUCAUCAUCAUCUAAUUACGCAUGAAAAAUUCCCUCUCCGCGUGCAAAGAACUGACUCCUCUUGCUGCUCAUGCAACACAGAUAUUUUUAGAAUCCGCAGACAGCAUUACAAGUUGCAUUCUUCCAGACCCAGACAUUUUUACAUUUGAUAAACGGCAGCCGUACACGAUGUGGUCGGUGCUACUAGCCCUGCACUGCGGAAAAAUUCCGGUGAUCUCCGCCGGCGGGGGCGUGCUGUUUUCGCAGAAGGGGCAGUUUGCGUUGCGAGAAAAAAUCGAGCAGUGCUUCUCUUGCUUAGAAAACGACGUUGAAGUUAUAAAUGACGAAAUGCAGGAGCAGGAGAAUUAUCCAGAACAUCAAGCAGCACAAAGAACAUCUUCGAAGAAGAACUUCUACAACCAGAUGAAAAAGAGCAAGCGAAGACCACAAAUUCUGCGCCCGCAGGUGAAGAUCAUCGGCGUGCUGCCGGAAGACGUCAAGGUGGAGGGCCGGAAAAAUAAAAGUGCCGAGUCAGCCUACGAAAACACGAAGCUGGUCGAACAAACCGUCAAGUACCGAGUCGCGGAGGACAUUUGGCCCCUCCCCCCGAACUUCAACACGGUGGACCAGUUUGCAAAGAUGAUCAGUGGGAAGUCGCGGAAGAAUGAGCAAUUUGCCGAAAAACUGGAAAACGUCGCCGAUGUGGUUUUCCGCUUUCCAAGAGUCGGGCCGGGGAUGCGGUUGACUUGUGCUCAUAGUUCCUCUUGUCCUGCUGCAGAUGUAGUUCUUGCAGCGGUGGACGGGCGAUUUGAAGCGAAUGAAAAAGAAAAUAAACCGAGUGGUCGUCGUGUUUUCAGCAAAGAAGAAGAUUUAGUUGUUGUUGGCCCUUCUGGCAGCCACCAAAUAAUAAAUGAUAUCAACAAGUCCGAACAGUCGUGGGAAGAGCGAUUUGGCGUUGCUCCGGCGUGGGGCGCGCCACCUGCAAAGCCGGAUGUCGUGCCGCAGGUUGGUUUGAUGGUGGAGAAGGAGAACGGAAGUAAUGAUCGUGCAAAUAAAGCGAUGAACCUCGGCACGACCAACGCCUCCGCCCAAGCUCAUGCAGAAGGAACAUCAAAGGCUGAAGAUCGUAGCGCUGUCAACUCGUUGAACAUCCGAAACCUGUUCGAGCAAAUACAUUCCGCUAUCGAAGUGGAUUCAGCCAACCUGAAGAAAUUUUUCGGCAAGAUGCGUCUGACGCAAACGAGACAGCUAAUUCAGCUCCCCGCGGGCGGAGAUAAGAACACCCUGACCGGGCACAUGACGCUGCGGUUCGGUCCAGUGGAGGUUGCGUUUUCCGCUGCACCAUCGCACGAUGGUGACCUGACGAGAAAGAACGUCGAGUACAACCAGCAAAUAAAUGAGCUGAACAUGAUCCCCGCGGCGGCUCCAAGCAGCGGUGGCACGAGAAGUACAACCUCCAAAUACGCGGAGACAAUCGACUUCGUGCGCUCGCUAUAUUUUUCCACAGGUCAAGUGCAAGAUGAUGCGAAGAAAGAAGAAAAACUAAAACACGAGCGAUCAGUGGCCACUACGGCUUCAUCUUCAUCUUGCAACAAUCUUCUCGGCAUCCGCAUCACAGCCAAGCCAUUGGUGAAGAGCGCCAGCGGCUCGGGAAAGAAGAAGGACCAAGGUGGAAGCAACGUGGUGUCUUGUGUCGCGAUUCCUUCGAGCCCGUCUCAGUGGAAAGCGUGUUGGGGCGAGAUUACUUCGGAAAAAAAGAAGUUCCUGAACCUGUUUGACGAAGCUGCAGUAGAGCUGCAAGAAGGGCGGCGGAGUGUACAACUAGUCGUGCAGCAAGAACGUGCAGCUCGAUCUUCGCCCGUAGUACAAGAAGAACCAUCUCCACCGGUGGAGAAUUAUCCGAGGCCGCGCACACGCACUAGCUCCACGACCGCGGACGAGAAAUUGCGGUCGUUUCUCGGCACAAUUUCGACCGUGGUGUCCUCCCGACUCUGCAGCUGCAGCCCCGUACUUUCCCGGGGGACGUGCAAUGCUGCUCCUGCUGCUGCGCAGUUGUCCGGUACAACUUCUUUCGGAGCUCCGAGGGGUGCUGCUGCGACUUCCACCUCCAGAAGUGCCAUUUCGACCACAAUUGUUCCUGUUGUUCCACCUCCACCACCGCAAAUAAACGAGGAACUACCGUCCAUCCACUCCACUCCGCAAAACAAGGCCGCGCCGAGUCGUGGUGGAGCUGGUCCUGCAAGUGCAAUCAACAACACGAAAAUAAUAAAUUCGCCCGAUUCUAUUCAACCAGGAACUACAGGCAAUCUCGAGAAAGCCGCCAGUGUCUGCACGGAAUGGGACUUCAGCCCGCCGAAAGCGGUGGACCCGGCGAGGAAAGUGUUUGCGUCCCAAACAGCACGAGAAGCAGCCUCUGCUUCAGUGACGGGGCACGGAGCAGAUCAUCUUGUGCAGGGAACUCCCGACGUGAAGAUGAAUACGACUGGUGCUGGUAACGGCACCGAAGUAGAAGAGCAACAGAAGAUGUUGCUGGAAAAGCUUUUUGACGUGGAUCAUUUGAAUUACCGACGCGACGACGCAGUAUUCUCGUCCGGAGUGGACCCGUCUCCCAAGCAGAAGCAGAAUGAUGUUCAUGCCCAACAAGGUGAUGAUGUUUUGGCGCUUACCACCGCUUUUGACACGGAAAGCGAUGCCGAGGAACAGGAUAGGUCACCGCGCCAAAAGCAAAACACUGCCAAAAUAAUCCACAACAACUACGCCGCUGCUGACAAAGACAAGGACCGCGACCAGCAAGAGGCUCCGCUGGCUCUGCACGUCACAAUAAACAGUGGUCGGCACAUGGCCAAGGAAAUGCGUACGCUGACCGGCGCUUUUCUCGCGGGGAAGAAAACGGUCUGGCUCCCGCUGGGCAAUGGACAGGGCGAAAUUGAGUACGACUUGCGACCGGGCUUUCUCGAGAAGCAGCUCGUGGAUUUGCAAGUGCUGGGGGUGUUUGGACUUCCGUAGGAGAGCUAGACGACCAAGAAUUUCAUUAUAGAAUCAAAGUGAUGACUUUUGUUGAGUAGUGCGAGUAAGUACCUCUACCUGCCACGAUCCCGUUCUUUGAUUUCAUUUUUAUUUGCUCGACUGUGGACAAAAUGAAUGGCGACAAACUUCUGCAGGGCAUAAUGCAUUGACGCGAUAAAAAUCUUUUGCUUUCCCUUUAUUCCCACCACCACGACGACUUGCAAGCCGC